AUGAGAUGUUGUUCAAAGCCCCGCGGGCUCAGAAAAUACAAAAUGGCGGACGGAACCGAGAUAGAACAACUUAGAGAAGAAAUCGCAAAACAAACAAAAAAACUUGAGCAUAUGAAAGCGAUCCUUAGAGAGAAGGAGAAAGAACUACAGUCAAGAAUUAACAUUCCCUCAAAGCAAAAUGAGAAGACUAAGAAUUUGACAAACUCUGAAAUCUCUCGAUAUAGCAGACAGCUGAUACUGCCUGAAAUAGGAGUCAAAGGUCAACAAAGUUUGAAGAGUUCCUCUGUCCUGGUUGUUGGGGCAGGUGGACUGGGAUGCCCUGCUGCCUUGUAUCUGGCUGCUGCCGGUAUAGGCUGCUUAGGACUGGUGGAUUACGAUGUAGUAGAUACCAGCAACCUUCAUAGACAAGUACUGCACACUGAGGACAGAGUUGAAGUACCUAAAGUGGAGUCUGCGAAGCAAACACUUCUAAGGCUAAAUUCAGACGCCCAAUACAAUACCCACUGCCUCCAGUUAAACAGUGUGAAUGCUCUUGAUAUUAUCAACAAGUAUGAUGUCAUUGUGGAUGCUACUGACAAUGUGGCCACGAGGUAUCUAUUGAAUGAUGCCUGUGUCUUAGCCAAGAAGCCACUUGUUUCUGGUAGUGCCUUGAGACUAGAAGGCCAGCUUGUUGUGUAUAACCAUGAUAAUGGCCCAUGCUACAGAUGUCUAUUCCCCACCCCUCCACCCCCUGAGACAGUUGGCAACUGCUCAGAUAAUGGAGUCCUUGGCGCAGUUCCAGGGAUAAUCGGUACUCUUCAGGCAAUUGAAGUUAUCAAAAUCAUCACCAGUGGGAAAUCCAGCUUUUCUCGUAAGAUGUUAGUCUAUGAUGCGAUGGACAGCAGAUUUCUUCAAGUCAAGCUCCGUCCUAAGCAGCAGACUUGUAGCGUAUGUGGAGACUCGCCCACAAUCCACACUCUUAUAGAUUAUGAACAAUUUUGUGGUACAGCAGCUACGGAUAAGUCUAAACCCAUCAGUAUCCUUGAGAGAGAGAACAGAAUAUCCGUCCAGGAGUACAGCAGUAUUUUGGACUGCAAACAGCCCCAUAUACUUUUGGAUGUGCGAGAACCAGUAGAGCUAGACAUCUGUGCACUUCCAGACACGCUCAAUAUUCCGCUGCGGCGACUGUCCUCAAAAUACCACAUCAAUCAACUGGCGCAAAACAUCGAUCAACUAAGUAACCAUACCUCCACAGGCGACCCAGUUAAUGUGUACGUGGUCUGUAGACUUGGCAACGACUCCCAGAAAGCGGUACAGAUCUUGCAGCAAAAGUACAACUUACUAAGAGACCGAUCAAAAGACAUAACUUGUGCAGAACAACCGGAUUGUAGGACACAAGUCAACGAGUCGAAUGACCGUGACUCGGUUGGUACUGAAUCGAUGAACAGACGGAUUGUGUUUAAAGACAUUAUUGGUGGUCUUGCUGCAUGGGCUAGGAAGAUAGACAACACCUUUCCCGUAUAUUAGACAAAAGUUAACCAAUUUGCACCUUGAUCGCCCGUCCGAUUAAAGACAUUUUGGCUCGUUUUGUGAUCAAAUACAUUGGGCGACGCACAGCAUGGGCUAGGCGGAUACACCCUGUCAAGUAUAUUAGAUACAAAUUAACCCAUUUGACCCUUUACUACCCAUCACUAUCGCUCGUCAAAUUGUGCUCAGCCGUUGCAUGUGCUAGCAGGUCGACAACACCUUCCUCGUCGGAAAGUAUUUUAUUUUGUCUCAUUCCACUCGCGCAAGUAAUAAUCCUAUUUAUGAAUAAAAAAAUGAAAGCACAGAGUAUUACAAAGACUAGACGCACAUGGAAUGCUGGGUAAAAUUGGGGAAAUCAAAAAAGGGUUACGCCACGACUUUGCCCCGGGUAUUAUUGCGAGAUAUAAGUUAGUUCUAAGGAAUCCUACAAGAGUGUCUUAUGGCUUUAUCUUUUUACUUUAUUUUAUGGCAAUUCCCAAGACAACCGGCAACAAAAAAUUAAGGCUUCGUAACAAGCGAUUCUGUGGGCCCAAAAAUGGGGAGGGCGCAAAAAAAAAGGAAGAAAGAAAAAGGUGUGCUUGCACAAAUUUUGCGAUUUCUGGCAAUGUUGCCUACGUAGGCUAGGAACUACCCUGGCCUGUUCGUGCUCUUGAUGUAUUGAAAGCAUCAGUGUCGCCCUUAGCGUGCCCACGGGAAAUACAACUCCAACUUUCCAACUCCGCAUAAUACAACCCCACACGUUAUGUAAAUUGUAAUUUAUUCAAAUCUUCAUAAAUUUUCUUUUAAAUACUGCUUUUCCUGUAACGUUUGUCAAUAAUUCUAGAUUUCAUAAAACACGUCUGGGAUAUAGCUAGGAGAAAAAAAGGAAAAUGCCGUGUGGUCACGUACUCUAAGGCGCCCGUGUUAAUCUCAACACGGUAAAUAUCGCGAGAGGGGGGCCCAAACAGUAGGCAGCCUAACGUACGAGACGAGGCGAUUCCUAGCUCCAUCCCAGUACGAGAGAGGAUGAUGAGGAUGAGAGGGGAGGUACAUAAGUAUAAGUAGAAUUCAGCAUAAAAUAGUAGUCGCAGACAUUAUCCGGGGCGUCAUCUGUCGUGAGGCACGCGUCUGUACAUAUCUGAAAAAAGUAACAUGGAUUAGUCUUUUUAAUAGUUUGCGUACUAACCUUUGUUUUCGUUUAGAAAGCACUAUUUUUUUCCAUUUUCCCAUUGAAUUUUUUGUCAACUAAAUAACUAUAAUGUAUGGCGACAGUCUGCGUUUCGCGAUAGCUAUUCCAGGCAGACUUUUAUUAAGGUUAUAUAAGAAUAGAUUGCGAAAAAGCACUCGCCUAAGAAAAAGUCAACGCCACCGUUGAAAACAAAAUCCUACUAUCUCAACCCCAGGGUUGUGUUCCUUGAAAGCAGGUUAACGUUAACCCAGGCAUAAAUGCCUUUUUUUAUCCAAUCAAAUGUCAAGAUAGCCGUUUUUAUCCCUGGGAUAGCGCUAACCUGAUUUCGGGAACCCGGCCCAAAUAAGGACCGCUACGUCGUAUGCUCUCAAUAAAAAUAGAGAUAUUUUAUCGUGA